UACAACAGUCGAUAGAUUCGUAAUAUUCCGUGAGGACAUAAUAUUAUUAUUUAAUAUACGUAUAUUUAUUAUUGUUAUAAACGUGUUGUAUUUACUCUAUUGGUAUCACGUGUCUACUCGAAAUACUACUUGGUAGAACCCAAGUGUACGUUUCUCGUACUAGUCUUGACGUCAAUUUUCAGAAAAUUCCGUUAAAAAUAAUUAUUUUCACGUAUCAAUAAACACCGAGGUGACUACCAAUCACCUACCACUAUGAAAUUGAAUUCAAGACACGUGUCUCAGAGGUGGGUGAUGGCUGUGAUGGGCAUGAUGGGCAUCACGAUGGCGUACGUGAUGCGGGCCUGCUUGGGCAUAACGCUCACGCAAAUGGUCAGGCCCGUGGUGGUUGUGGUGGAUGGAGGUGCGAAAUCCGUUCGGCACGACUACUGCAGCCCGAUGCCGCAGUCGUCGUCGAGUGAUCACCCAAAGUCCAACAGGACAACAAUAGUGGAGGAUGAGUCCCAGUAUCGGUUUGAUUGGGACGAGAGGACGCAAGGUGAGAUCCUGUCGUCGUUCUACUACGGAUACAUACUCACGCACUUACCCGGCGGCAUCUUAUCCCAGAGGUUCGGUGGCAAACACACGAUGGGGUUAGGGAUACUGUUUACCGCAAUCUUCACGCUGAUGACUCCUACGGUAGCGUACAUGGGUUCCAGGCCACUGACAAUUCUGCGGUUCGUCGAAGGACUCGGAGAAGGAACUACCUUCCCGGCUCUCUGCACUCUCCUGGCCCGGUGGGCUCCACCAGAAGAAAAGGGAAAGCUCUCCACAGUGUUGUUUGCAGGUGUGGUAAUUGGUAAUAUUUUCUCAAACUUCCUGAGUGGUGAAGAUUUGACCUCCAUACCAUGGAAAUCCAUAUUAACGUCGUGGCCAGUAUGGGCACUUAUUAUUGUUGAAGCAGGACAUGACUGGGGAGGUUUCACGAUUAUCAGCGAUCUCCCAAAAUAUAUGAGUGACGUCUUACAUUUUUCUAUUAGUGAGAACGGUUUAUUAUCGUCCAUCCCAUACAUCGCCCAAUGGUUUACGUCGAUUUUAGCUAGCAUAUUGGCUGACUGGCUGAUAAGCAAACGAAUAAUGAGCACCACUGCGGUUAGAAAAAGUUUCGCCAUUAUAGGAAAUGUCGGGCCUGGUAUUGGUGUAAUGUGUGCUUCGUUUGUCGGAUGUGACAAAAUGAUAGCCACUCUAUGUUUUACUUUGGGGAUGGCAUUAAUGGGAUUCUGUUAUCCAAGUAUGCAUAUUAAUUCACUCGAUUUGUCACCCAAUUAUGCUCCUACCAUCAUGGCACUGGCCAAUACUAUUUGCUGUUUAUCAGGAAUGGCCACUCCAUACGUCGCCAGAAUUCUCACACCAAACAGAACCGUGUUAGAGUGGCGUCUUGUAUUUUGGAUCAUGAUGAUAGUCAUGACAGCAUCAUCUGCGGUGUAUGGGCUAUUUGGAUCCGGUGAGUUGCAACCAUGGGACGACUUGGAAAAAUAUUAUCUAAAAGAAAAGGAAAAAUCGAAGAGGGAGUUACCUACGGAUGAAAGAUUAAGCAUAGUUCAUUCAAAAUCCAUAGAAGACGGAAAAUCGAUAAACAAUUAGAAACCUGACUAAUUAUACGAACGAAACUAUCCUACAAUGUAAAUACUAUUAUUAAUAUAUGUUACAUUGUUACCUAUUAGUUUAUAGUAAUAAUUAUAUUAUGUGAAUAUUUAUUUAGUUUGUAAAUACUUGUUAUAUUUAGAACCAUCUUAAUGUUUUAAUAAUAAGUAAAAAUAAUAAUAAGAAGAU